CCGAUUUGGUCACAUGAUACGGCUCCUUACUUCCUGUCGCGAUGUGUGUAAACAAUGCACAUGGUACCUACUGAAUGUAGCGAUAUAAUCUGAAACCGUGUCGCAACGAUGGUGAAGUGUAUGGUUCAGAGUUGUAGAAACCACAACAAUGCGAAACCGGGAGAGCUGCGAAAAUGCCCGCGCAAAUUUUUCAGCUUCCCAAACGACAAGGCCCGAGUGAAAGUAUGGCUGGCAGCUUUACGGGAGACUGAGCGCGAAAUCCCUGAGCACGUUCGGAUAUGUGAAGAUCAUUUCCUAACCCAUCACAUCACACCCAAUGGCAUCAGCCCGGACGCGAUUCCUAUCAUGCCCCCUUUAGUCGAUUGGAGCUCGGGUGAUGAGCGAGAUGAGCCUUUCAAAUGUGGAGUGGCUGGAGAAGAUAGUAUUGAUUAUGAUGAGUUUGAUGAAGAGCAUGAUGAAGACAACAGUCUUGCAGAUGAUGGAUCAAAUCAUAUAAAUAGUGAUGUCCAAGGAGAACAUCCCAGAAUUUUACCUAGCAGCUACAGCAACAACAUAAACAACUUCAAGCGACCAAGAGUUUUAAACCGGUAUCAGUCUGAUGUAGCUCUCGGACACCUGACCAAACGCUUCAUGCAGUUACUUCUCGCAGCGCCAAAUGGGGUCCUUGAUCUCAAUGAGGCUUCGCAAAAACUGGGCACAAGGAAGAGGCGGGUGUACGACAUCACCAAUGUGCUUGAUGGCAUCCAGCUGAUCAAAAAGACGUCUAAAAACAAGAUCCAAUGGAUAAGUUCAGUACCAAUCAGCUACUACGGGAUUACACAGCCACUCGAGACAAAUGCUGAACUGCUUAAACUAAAGUCAGCUGAGGAGUCGCUUGACAGGCUUAUCAAAGACUGUGCCCAACAGUUAUUCGCCCUGACUGACCUCAAAGAUAAUGCUGACUCGGCUUAUGUGACGUAUGAGGACAUCUGUCAGAUUGGAGUUUUCAGAGAUCAGACUAUUAUAUCUGUCAGAGCCCCUGAAGAGACCAAGCUAGAGGUGCCCACUCCCACUGAGAACUCUAUCCAGAUUCACUUGAAGGCUUGUCGGGGUCCCAUUCAUAUACUCACCUGUGAGACCGAAGGGUCAAGCGAUGCCAUGGAUUCAGCAAACAAAGAGUUAAAGCUUGCAAAACCAGGCUGCUUUCUAACACUAGAGGAGAGCCGGAUACACACAAAACCACUUUUACCAGAUGUUUCAAGCAGUGUAGCAGCUGUACAGAGUGCAUGAGGACCACAGAAACUACAAUGGAGUUUUUGCUUCACCGAGACAACGCCAUCUGAACUGACUUUGUUGCCCUUAUUGACUCUCCUAGGUUUUUCAGAUUCUGUUAAAAAUAAUUUUGCUUUGUAAAUAUGAGUAUUUUUCUGUAAGUAUUAUGCUGACCAACUAAACUUGAAUGUAGUUUUUGACGAAAGUAAAUUAGCCUGUCCUGGGCCAUCUGAUAAUGUAAAGGAAUUGAAUGAAAUUCUGGCACUUUUGGACCUUAUGUUUCAGUAUGGAAAAAUGUAUUUGUUAAUAGAAUGGUUUAUCAGUUCAAGGGAUAGUUCACUCAAAAAAUUGAAACUCAUGUCAUCAUUCUGAACACAAAAGUCGACAUUUUGAUAAAUGAUGCUAAGCACACAUUUGAUGGUACUCAUUGACUUCCAUAGUAGGAUAAACAAUUACUAUUGAAGUUAAUGGGUACAGUCAACUGUAUUCUAACCAUAAUUGAUCAAAAUAUCUUUUGUGUUCAGAAUGAUGAUAUCAGAAUGAUGAUGUUUUAUUUUUAGGUGAACUAUCUCCUAAAUGUAACUUUCAAAUGUGUAAUAACUGUGAACCAUUUAAGAAUAACAGCUGUAACAUUUUUUGUCAUAAUUAUUUUUAUAAAAAAUAUCUUUAAUUCCGAAAAAUAAACCCACACCAUUUAAAAUGUA